AUGGGCCUUGCCGACCAGCUGCAGCAAGGACUCGCAGGCAUUGGUGCAUACAUCCUAUGCUUGCUCGGACUUCUCUUGGGCCCUUCUGGCCUACUCGGAGGAGUUUUUGGUCCCUUAUUGGCCUUGAUCAACUUAGCCUUGCUCUUUGUGGGUGGGAUUCAACUAAUCAUGGUGAACCCCGCGUGCACGCUGCUAGAAAGCUGUCAUGAACGUCAAGGUCCAAACGUCAUCUCCUCCUUCGUGUGGUUUUGCGUCUUCGCAGCACUGGCCUCCACGGCCUUGGGUCCCGCUCAAGUGGCGAUCCAGCUGAAUACAGUGGAUGAUGUCCUGGAUGCGAGCGUUUGUGAUUGGCGGGCUUGGAGCGACACUGGUGGAGGAGUCUACUUCAAUGAUGGUACGACAAAGAUACCAGGAAAGGAGAGUUCCUUCCACCUCCCGGUGAACCUGACGGUCGAGCACUGCGAAUGGCUGUCGGUGCGUUAUGAACUCCACAAGACCAAGUCGCACCUCGUUGCUGUGGAUUUGCCGCGGCCCUUGCGGAUUUUGUGUGACGAAGACACCAACCUUGAGGCGAUGGCUCCAACCAGUGUGGACCAACGUUCUGGGACGCUGCUUUGGGAAGCUGCCAUAGACCUGGGGCGCUUCAUUAGCAGGAUGCCAUCGCCAGCGCUAAGUGGUGCUCGCGUCCUGGAACUCGGCGCCGGACAUGGUGUGCCAGGCCUUUGCUGCGCCAUUUUGUGGGGAGCAACGGUGCACUUCCACGAUAUGAGUGAAGAAACCUUGCGCCGGGUCACGGCGGUGAACUGUGCCAUGAAUAGUGUGCGCAGCCAGUUCCUCGCAGGAGAUUGGAGCACUUUACUGGCCAAGGAGUCCUCAGAGUCCUCGAAAUUCUCAGCUGGCCAUUGCAAAAGAAUGAAGGUGCAAGAAGCAGACCUCAGCUACAACGUAAUACUGGCCUCGGAGGCUUUCUACAAGGAGGAGUCCUACGAUGAAUUGCUGAGUUUCCUGUCAAGUCAAAGCCAUGAGUGUCAUGCUUACUUCGCGGGCAAACGUUUCUACUUUGGCUGUGGCGGCGGUACAGCAUCCUUCUCCUCGACAGCAAGAAGCAGAGGUUUUAAUGUCACAGUGGAGGAGGUCAUCGAAGAUGGCCUUUCAAACAUUCGGGAGAUUUUGCACAUCACUUGGCCGGAGGGAGAGACCUUCAGAAGCGAUGAAGCAAAACCGGCUGAAGCUGCUUUCGGGAGGCUGUACGUUGAGCCUGUGCUGCGCUGCGGCGAGCCCACUUCGAGUUGCAAAGACGUGUGUGCUUGGGCGAUUUCUCCUGAGAGCGACAGGAUAAACUUCAAGGGUUGUCGACAAGGUGAUGGCAACCUUUGUGGUAUCGCGCUUUCCCUGAUGAGACUGACGCAGGGUAAAUGCGCAGGGCCAGAUGCUCGAGAUCGCUUCUGUCAGAGAGCCAACCAAGAACUUGGCGGCCUCUUAGAUGACCUGGCAAAAAAUCUGUCGGUCACCACGAGCUGGGGUGGUUUGGACUUCAGCAACGACCGUGGAGAGAUGGCUCCGCUUGUGUGGAUGGUGGAUCCUCAGGAGGUGAGGACUUACUGGGACCAAUGGGUCUGGAUUUUUGUGCUGUUGAGCAUUAUUUAUCUCCCGGCACCCUUGCUGGCAGCCUACUGCGUUGUGUCGUGGAGCUCAGAUGAAUGGCCCAUUGCAGAGUUGCUGAAAGGCUUAUGCAGUGGCUGCAGUGGCUGCAGUCUUCAAAUUUCGACGUGUUGGUUGCGUUUCCCCUGGCACUGGCGACGUGAAGCUGGUGCUUGCGACGAGCUGGCAACCAGGUACAUUGCUAUUGAGUGA